AUGGCAAUGGUAAUUUAUAGCAUCACCUUAAUUGUAAAUUCAAACAUUAUAAUUUUUAUUAAGUCGCUUAAUACUGAUAGAGUCAUUACAGAUAUUAGUAAUAACGAAUAUUGGUAUGGUGAAAUGGAUAUUGAUGGUGGUUUUUUUGUUUUAGAAUCAGUUCCAGAAGAAACUGGAAAUGAAGUAGAUAAAGAAACUGAAGAAUAUGAAGAUGAAAAUGAAAUUGAAAAUCAAGAACCUCGUUCAGAAUGUAAUAAAGAUAGUGAAUAUUAUCCUCAGGGUGUUACAUUUUUCCAAGAGCAAUUAAAUAAUAUAAAUUUUAUGAAAACCAAUAUUUUACCACGUGAAUAUGAAAAGCAAGGUCCAAAAGAAUCACUUCCAUCAAAUAUUCCUCCAGUUAGAGAUAAAGUUGUUCAGCAUAUUUUUGAACAAUAUUUUACUGACUUUCUCAACCGUUUAGUUAUGCCAACAAAUAAUUACAAAGAGUAUAAAUCAAAUGCAUACAAAAUAACAACAAAGAAUUUGGCAAGUCCAAAAAUAUCAGAAUACUCCAUUUAUAACGAUUUUAAUUUGGAGGAUAUUAAAAUCUAUUUAUCAAUUUUCCUAUAUUCUGGUUUAAAUAGAAUUACAAAUAUUCAUGGCUUUUGGGAUAGGCCAAGAGAUUCAUAUAGUUCAUUUUCAACUUAUAAUUCAACUGUUGCAAAUUUAAUGUCAUUUAGAAGGUUUAAAGCUAUCCAUAAAUGUUUUCGUUGGGAAGUUUUUGGUACAGAACAUCAAACUGCUAAUCAUGAAUUAAUUUAUGAAUAUGCCAAGGAUUUAAUAAAGAAGCAUUAUUUACCAAGUUAUGAAUUUUCUUUUGAUCUUUUUGGAUGGAGUGGUGAUUCAAAAAAGAUGGUUCCGGGUAAAGCUGAUAAAGUUGGUAAUGUUUUAUGGAAAUUGGUAGAUAAAUUCAAGUAUAUUUAUCAUUUUGAAAUUGAACAUCUUGUAUCCAAAAUCUUGAAAGCUCAAACUCAAACUCAAGAUGAAAAUGAUUAUGAAGAGGAUAUGGUAGAUCAACCACAACCUCAACCGAGAAACCAAAUUGGAAAUUAA